AUGGAAAUGGUUGCUUCAUGGACAAAAGGACUAUGUGCUGACAUUUCACAAAGACAUUUACAAAUUCAAAAUAAAAUUGAUGACUCUGAGUCUGUUAGUCAAGAGGAUAAAGAUUUAGCAAGAUGGAUUGUUCUUGAUGUUGGAACAGGCAAUGGGCUACUUCUUCAACUCCUGAUAUACAUCGAUCCAACAACACAAAGUUCCAGGGAUAUGCUUGGUAUUGACACUCGAGGUGUUAAAUGGCUUCUACCAACCUUGGACAUGGCGGAGUUGGCAGUUCCAGAGUUGUUACCGGCUUGA